CAGGGCUGGGGGCAAACAAACUCGGCGGGGGUUGAAGGGGCGCCUGGGAAGAGCCUGCACCGGAGAAGAAGCGAUGCGCGCCCUGCCGCGGGUCUGCGUAUCCGAGAAGGGCCCCGGCGCGUCCACCCAGAGACUUCAAAAGUGCCCGUGGAAGUUUUCACACUUACUUCCCAGCCAACCUUUCGCAGCCCCGCCGCACGCAGCUGGGGGCCGAGCCCAGCCCGCUCAACCACCCAACCGAGGGGCGGGUUUGGGGGGCGGCCUCACAACCGUUCCCUGCCACUGGCUACGAACACGGGCGCUCCUAAUUGGUUGAUCGCGCUGUCCAUCAGACUGAGGGGUCAGUCCAGUCGAUGGCGCUGAGGAAACCUAGGCUCUACCCGCACGCGCUAGAUCGAGGGUGCUCGCCGCCUGUAACCGAGGCGCUUCCACCCCGCGGUGCUGGAGCCCCUGCAGCCUCCCAGGCCGUCCUCGGCUCGGCUCGGCUCUGCUCUCCAUGAUGCUAGUGCGGAGCUCGGGGGCUCUCCGGCAUCACCCUGAGGGAGGCUGCCGGGGGGUUGAGGAGCGUGGGGCGGGCGGGGCUGAGUGUAAGGAGUCUCCGAGGGGGCGGAGAAGAGGAUCCGCUUGCAGCCUUUAAGGCAGCGGGAGGAGCAGCCCUGGGGCUCUGAGGGAGGAGCGGAGGCGAGGCGGGGCGGGGCACCGGUCUCUGCUCCCUCCCCCGGCGCUAGGUCCGGUGUAACAAAGCCUUGGUAACGGGGUUGCUAGUGCGCUGGUCGGUGCCUGGUAACCAGGCGCUGCUCCUUUAAGCGGGGGGUGUUGCCUUGCCGGAGGGCGGGGAAGAUCCGAAGUGCCCUUCGGCGCCCGUCAGCCCUGUGCCAGAGCUGGCAACUCCCCCCGUCCCCAUUCUCACUCCCAUGCGGGCGCUGGGGACGACAGCACUCUGGGCAGCGCGGCCGCAGGCAGGCGGCUCCUCUCGGUGUGUCCUGGGGGCUCCCUGUCUGCUGAGCCCGCGCAGGUCCCGCCGGAGUCGCCCCCGGGUCCCAUGAGUUCAGAGCUGCUCCGCGCCCUCUUUAAGAUGGAGCCGGCUCCGUCCGCCUCCGAGUUGCUGGUGGGAGCUUCCGAGUUCCUGAAAGAUCGAUUAUAUUUUGCUACUUUACGGAAUAAACCCAAAAGCACAGUAAAUACCCACUAUUUCUGUACCGAUGAGGAGCUGGUCUAUGAAAAUUUCUAUGCAGAUUUUGGACCUUUAAACUUGGCGAUGUUGUACAGAUACUGCUGCAAACUAAAUAAGAAGCUAAAGUCUUUCAGUCUAUCAAGAAAGAAAAUAGUCCACUAUACCAGUUUUGAUCAGCGGAAACGAGCAAAUGCAGCAUUUUUAAUAGGGUCAUAUGCAGUAAUUUACUUAAAGAAAACACCAGAAGAAGCAUACAGAGCACUUUUAUCUGGAUCUAAUCCACCAUAUCUUCCAUUUAGGGAUGCCUCAUUUGGGAACUGCACAUACAAUCUCACAAUCCUGGAUUGCUUGCAGGGAAUAAAAAAGGCCUUUCAGCAUGGUUUUUUUGAUUUUAAGACAUUUGAUGUGGAUGAGUAUGAACACUAUGAGCGGGUAGAAAAUGGUGACUUCAACUGGAUUGUUCCAGGAAAAUUUUUAGCAUUUAGUGGACCUCAUCCAAAAACCAAAAUUGAAAAUGGUUAUCCUCUUCAUGCACCUGAAGCCUACUUUCCCUAUUUCAGGAAGCACAAUGUCACAUCAAUCAUAAGACUAAACAAAAAGAUCUAUGAGGCAAAACGUUUUACAGAUGCUGGCUUUGAGCAUUAUGACCUGUUCUUCAUAGAUGGAAGCACGCCAAGUGACAAUAUAGUGCGACGGUUCUUGAACAUCUGCGAGAAUGCUGAAGGUGCUAUAGCUGUACACUGUAAAGCUGGUCUGGGGAGAACAGGAACAUUGAUAGCCUGUUACAUAAUGAAACACUAUAGGUUCACACAUGCUGAAGUCAUUGCUUGGAUUAGAAUAUGUCGACCAGGCUCUAUUAUAGGGCCCCAGCAGCACUUUUUGGAAGAGAAGCAAGCAGCAUUGUGGAUCCAAGGAGACUUCUGCCGAUCCAAACAGAAACAACGAUCAGCUGAUGAUGGAACUGUGAAAAAAAUUAUUUCUGGCUUGGAUGAUCUUUCAAUCAGUGGGAGUUUUAGUAAAGUACAAAACUUGGAUCAGUGUGUGGAGAAUGACUUUGAAGACAAUGCAGAGUUGGAAUCUAAGAAUGGCAUGACACAGGGAGAUAAACUUCGUGCCUUAAAAAGUCAGAGACAGCCGCGAUCUGCUACAACUGGUGCUCUUAGGCUGGAAGAUAUGAAAUUGCACACCAGAUCAAUAUCACAAUCUUUCAGAUUGAAUAGUUCAAGUACUACACAAGGGUUCAUGUCUCCUCUGAAGUCCUCCAAGGUGGCAGCAGCUGUUUCACCAUUUGCAAAUAGAAUAAGCAGAAGCCCUACGUCCUUAGGAUCUAAUUUAAAAAGCGUUUCCGUAAACUCCAGGCUAGGCAGUUCUCUAGGGAACCUGUAUGCCGCUUCAGAUGAUACAGAGAGCAAAAUGAUGUCGUCAUCCUCUAGGACAGGUUUUUCUGUAAACCAUAUCUCCAGUCAUUUGAAUGGCAGCUUGCAGCUGCCUACCAGAAAUUCCCAUGAGCUGAACAACAACCUGUACAACAGAAGCAGCAAUAAUGGCACCAACCUCAACAGUCAUGCCAUUUCUCAUGGCACCGGGACAGAUGACAACUGCAGCAUCUACCAACCCUCCUUUAUGGGGUUAACUGCUUCUCCGGCACGAUACCUGAGUCGUUCAAUUCCUUCCCUUCAGUCUGAAUAUGAUCAGUACUAAAGCCUUGCUGCUUCGAUGAAAGCUAUUCAACUCUUAAAAUCCCAUUUCUUCAUGGAGGAGCAAUGUUGAGGGAAAGAAACUGCUCACUGAGAGGAGAACGCUUCAUCCCUAGAUACAUUAAAACAUUAAACUAAGACACCCAACAGAGACUUUGAACAGCCAGAGAUUUCUGAUUAAUGACUACUGCAAAUGCACUGAAGUUAAAAUUUUCCAGCUGUAUACAAAAUUGUUGCAAUUUUCAUAAAUUUAAAGUUGACACUGACUUGAGGAUAUUUCUAAUGGAUUUCAAUAAUACAUUUAUAAUUACAUUUGUGUACACAGUGUUACAAUAUGUAUGUAUUAAGAAAAAGUAUUUUGGUAAAAUAUAAAUCUAUAUAUAAUUAUGUAAAAAUUAGAAUAUAUUUUGAUUUAGGUUUCUUCACUUUGCUACCAAAAAUAUAUAUUUUUAAAUAUAUUUUAAAGUUUAUCUACAGUGUAUGAAAACAUUUUAUGAACAAAACCAUUUUGGGUUUUAUUUAUGGGUCCACUGUUACUGCUUCAAGUUCAGUUUGUUUUUAGCAACUAAUCUGCUUUAAGUAAUUUAGUUGGAAAGCUAGUUAGUUGCAUCAUCUGAGAGAGCUUGGUAUAUCAUCAAGUUUUCCUUUCAGCUGUCAGCUGCUAAUGUUCCAUAUGGUUAUCCUAAAAGGAACUUAAAAUAGCUACUUGUGGAUUAGGGAAAACCCAACAUUCCUAUCAUAUGUCCUCCCUUUGAAAGCAAAAAUAAUAUAGCUAAUAAUUAUGCUAUAUUACUAACAUUUUCCUCUGAUAAUUUAUUUUAAAGGAAUGUUUUACUUUUUGCUUUUUACUUUCAGCAUUGCUAAAUGUGUGUACCAUUUGGUCUAGCCUAUAGUUACAUUUGUGUUGUAGCAGUUUUAAAAUUGAACAUAAAUCAGAAUUAACCUUCUGCUGUGCAUUUAAACGGCAUGAAAAGAGAGGCUAAAUUCAGAACAGACAUAAGCAGCGCAAUUCCAUUGAAUGGGGUGGAGUUGCACACCUGCUUAUAACAAUGGCCACGUGUGCAACUUGGGUGGCAAAAAAUGUUGCCACAGAUUUAUACAUGGAAGGAAAAAAUUAUUUGCACUACAGUUUGCAAGUGAAUUAAUAUCUUUUCUAGACAUUUUCUCAACUAUACUCUAUUGUUAGCUAUUAAUUAUUGUUACAUCACAAGCUAAUUUCACCAGUGGUACAGACAACCUUGGACUUGUAGAUCUACUUAGAGUUAAUUAGGAAUAAAACUUACGGAAAGCAUUUCAAAAAAUGUUAGCAGAUGAGGUUUGUAGUACUUUACUAUCACAGAACUAUUUCUCCUAUAUUUAUAGGAGAAAGUGUCUUGGUGAUAUCAUCAUGUACAUAUAUCUGCAAAAAAAGUGCUUUAGAAAAAAAUGCACUAAUUUGAUUCUGAAAUGAAUGAUCAGUAAAAUUCAGAAUGCAGGAAUAAAACAUAGACUUGUCAGCUACAAGUCUUUUCACUUGUUACAGAAAGCCGAGGAGGAAAUAUUAGGCUAAAUGUUCAGUCUUCAUUGUUAAAAUACACUGAGUGGACUAACCUGAGUAAAAAUAUAGGUAGGCCCUGGGAGAGGGAAGGGGGGCAGCAAAUGAAGUUAUGAUGAUUUAAGGUUUUAUUGCGAAAAAAAUCAUAAGUUUAGAUCACAUUUUGAAGGGAAAUAGUCAUAAUGAACAUCCCUAUAGUUAUAUAAACCAUGUUGAAUGCAGCUAUUUAAAUCACUGAAUAAAAUUUACAUGCAAUAGCCUUGUGUAUAUGUGACAUAUACACACACCAAGUAGCAUAUGUUUGUGUGCAUAUAUAGACACAUGAUAUACUGUAUAUGAAUGAUUGUUAGGUUAAUUGUAAGGUAAUUCUACCUCCUAUAAACUUGUUUGUAUUUUGUUAUGAAUAGUUUUCCCUCAUAAAAAUACAUAUUUUCUAUUUUGAAGUGUAGACACACUGCUAAUCAACAAUAAAAAAAUGCAAUGCUUA